AUGUCAGGGGACUAUGUGCACCUUUUGGCCAACAUCUCCGACUUCUGCGUCAUUUGUAGGAUUUGUUCCAUCGCAGUUGAUUAUCUGGUCAGGAACCAGCCGACUCCUAUCGUCUUCGGCUCUAUGCCAGUACUAGUAGCACUGCUGCCUGCUACCAGGCAUUUAUCGACCUCCCAGUCUAGAUCCGCUGUGUUCAGUCGAAAGCAGGGUCACCUCGGGCAGGAUGCGGUUCUUCACCGCGCACGGACGGUGUUGGCAAUAGCUAUCUCAAGGUCUCCACUUACAGUUUCUCAGGCCUCUCGGCCUACUCCCCUGGUCUUGAGUGAGGACCAGUUUCAAGGUCUUCCCUUGCUAAAGAUACUACCUCUCCUCAGCAUCUUGACCCCAUUUUAUUUGUUUUCAUCAUUCUAUGAAAUUUUGACAUCAAUGAUGCUUAGUGGUCUGGUUGCCCACAUGAAAUUGAAACGAGCAAUGUUAAAGCAAUGUUUGUUGAUCAAAAUCCCAUCCAAUCAGUGCGAGAGAUUGCUAUGA